AUGGGGACCCUUUUGGAUUCAAAGAUGCUGAGUCCUCCACAAGUGAUGAAGCACCAAACCCGAGGGACUAAUUUCUUCAACAAAUUGAGUGCUGAAAAGCUAUGGAAAGGUGUUACCAGUGUGAGUAAUGCUGGCAAGAAGAGAGGUCGUGGGAAGGGACGAUCCAAAAUCCUGGCAAAGGACUUGAACAGAGGACAGAUUAUUGGAGUGGGUAAGAAGAAUAUAAUUUGGCCAGGAUUGAAUGCCCCAAUUAUAAGGGGUCGGGAACUUGUUCGGCAGCAGCAGCUACCUGAAGACAAAGAGCGACAAGAGAAGUUAAUUGCCAUGCGCAGUUCCAUGGGACAAUUUCGACCUCUCAAGCUGGCACCCUUAGAAAGAGGAUGGUCUGGGACAAAGCUGCCAGGUCGAAGUGUUGGACCUCCAGAUCCUGUUGGGAAUUAUACUUUUGAAGGCUUUGAUACAAAAGUGAUAGAGUGCAAAACAGUGGUGAAUAUGACAGGGAAUAUGGGCCGGAGGGCACGUUUCAGUGUCUUUGUUGUGACUGGCAAUCAGAAGGGACUGGCAGGUUUUGCAGUGGGCAAGGCUCCAAACCUAAUGGCAGCAGUCAGGAAAGCAAAGAAUCGAGCUGGUCAGAAGCUCAUGUUCCUUGAUCUGUUUGAAGGUCAUACAGUGUAUCAUGAUUUUUAUACCCGCUUUGGGAGAAGUCAUCUGUUUGUUCACAAAAGACCAGAGGGUACUGGAUUGGUUUGCCAUCGAGCAAUUAAGACAACCUGCCAAGUGAUUGGGAUAAAGAAUCUCCAUGCCAAGCGUUCAUGGGCUGCUCGGAAAAAUGUGCAACACCUCAUCAAGGCCUUCUUUCUGGGUCUUCUCCAACAAAAAACACACCAGAAGAUGGCAGAUGACACUGGCCUACUUGUUGUGGAAUUUCGACCAGAGACAAAGAAUUUUCCUCAUCUGAUAGCUGCACCUUCUGAUGGACAUGUAAAGGAUGCCCAGCCAAGUGAAGUCCCCGACUUUGAUCUGUAUGCAUCUGAUGGGAAUGUAGAAUGGAAACCAAAGAAGAGGGUCCCCUUUUAUGUGAAGCUUCCCUCUUGGCAAGUCCAUCUCAAGAAGUGGGAGAGAUACCGAAAUUUAGAGAAGGUCAUGGUGAACAUGUUAGCUGAGCACGGAGAGGUGCGAAGUCUGUACACUGAGAAACACCCUGAAUGUCAUCCUGGUGGACCUCCAAAGCAAUCUGAACAAUAGUUUUGUUAGGUUUGAAUGUGGGUGGUAUGUUGGGAUUUAUCUACAUAAACUAUGUUCUAUCCCAAAAAUAAAAUCAUUUAAAAAUUUUCUCC